AUGGAAGCUUUUUACACUGCUUCCCUUAAUCCCAAAACAUCUAUUACUCAAGGCACCUACGACAUAUUGCGCGCUAAUAACAUCACCAAGAGGCUCAACUUAAAUGCCAACAAACUGGAAAAUUUCCGUCGUGACAUUUCCAGUAGCGAACGACUGACCAAAAUGGAGCUGCAAGCCAUCCAGAAAAGUGUGAAGCAGAAAAAUCAAAAUACUACACCUCUUACAAGAGGUACGAGUGUAGCGCCAGAGAAGCAAAAUGCAAAUAAAAAUCAGGAAAAUGACAAAAAUAAUGAAUCUGAUGCACAAGAACCACUGAACAUAGAUACACAAGAUAAGUCUGUGAACAUCAUGAAAUAAAGACAUGAAAUAGCCAAGGAAACACCAAUAAGUAAGAGGCUGCCAAUUCCAAAAAUAAAACAUGAGUGA